AUGACGUCAGCAGGGUUUAACGGGACCUGGUCCCUGACCCUGGUGGGUUUCUCCUCGCUGUCUGGCCACCGCUCGCUCUUCUUCCUCCUGUUUUUGUUGCCGUACCUCUUCGUGGUGUUCAGUGACUCUCUGGUGGUUUAUAGCAUCUGUUCGCAGCGAGCUCUUCACCGGCCCAUGUUCGUCUUCGUGGCAGCAGUUCUGCUGAACUCUCUCACAGCCAGUACAUUCAUUUAUCCCAAACUUCUGUCUGAUGUGUUGCUCUCCGGCGGCGGCAUCGUGCAGGUGUCCCAGGCUUUGUGUCUGUGCCAGGGUUUCGUUGUUUCCUCUCUUGGUUUCUCCAGCUUCAUGCUGUUGGCGGCCAUGGCCUUCGACCGGUACCUGUCUAUCUGCCACCCGCUGCACUAUGCUGCGCUGUUAUCUCCUGCCAAGGUGGGGCUGAUGCUGCUGCUCUGCUGGAUGCUGCCCGUCAUUCUAGUUGGUGUCUUAGCACUGUUGGCUAGCCGCUUACAGCUCUGCAGGACGCAGCUCCACAGGUUCUACUGCGACAUCUACAGCCUGGUCAGCCUGAGCUGCGGCGGUGCUGCAGCGCAGCGGAGUGGACUAUACGGUCUCCUGAUCUCCUCAGCUAUCUUCUUCCUGCCCCCCUCCUUCGUGCUCUUCUCUUACGCUAGGAUCCUCUUCAUCUGUCUGCGCCGAUCACGUAGCUUCAGCAGCAGAGCGCUAAACACCUGUCUGCCUCACCUGUUCGUCUUCUUUAACUACUCCGUCAGCGUCACCUUAGACCUGCUGCUCCGCCGCCUGCAGAGCGACAGAGAAUCUGACACCACCCUCAUCACCUCCAUUAUGAUGGUGUUAGUACCCACUGUGCUGAACCCGGUGGUGUACGGACUGAAGUUAAAGGAGGUGUUCACACAUGUGAAGAGGCUGCUGAGCUGCCGCAGAGACAGCUGA